CUGAGACAGUAAAUGAUCCCAGUCGUCGACUCGCCGCUAUGCCGAGUGUUUGUGAACUUUACACUGGAUCACAAUGUCGUUAUUCAAUUACGUAGUUAUAUUUAUACUGAUAUCGCUGUGGAUAAACGGUAUAUACUCUGAAAAUCCAUGCGCAGCCCGCCAGAUAAAGGGACAGUCGAUAGUGUGUGUAUGCAAUUCCACUUAUUGCGAUGAAAUCGUAAGAAGUAUACCUAGAGAAGGUACUUAUAUCGCGUAUACAUCAUCUGAGGCUGGUGCUAGAUUCAGGAAAACAACUGGAUUAUUAGGGCCUAAUGAAGAUAGCUUAUUAAGCCACAAUGAAAGCGUAAGGAUAACCACAUUAACAGUGAAUACUGGGAAGGUUUUUCAACGAAUAGAAGGUUUUGGCGGUGCGGUCACUGACGCUGCUGCGAUCAAUUGGAAAAACUUGACCGAUCCUCGGCUGAGACAGAACCUCAUUAAAUCGUAUUUCGGCACUUCUGGUAUUGAGUACAACAUGGUGAGGGUGCCUAUAGGUGGUUGUGACUUUUCCACACAUCCAUACGCUUAUAAUGACGUUCCCGAGUAUGACGCGAACCUCACGCAUUUCAAUUUAACUAGUGAAGAUUAUGAAUACAAGAUUCCGAUGCUGAAAGCUAUAAAACAAGAAUCACGUGCUCCUAUCUACGUUUUAGGGACCACAUGGUCCCCACCGGGAUGGAUGAAGACGAAUCAUGCACUAGUAGGACCAAGUCACCUGCUACCACAAUAUUAUCAAACAUAUGCUGAUUAUCAUUUGAAGUUCGUACAAAAGUACACAGAAGCUGGCAUUCCUAUUUGGGGGAUCACUACUACAAACGAGCCGGUCAAUGGCGACUUUCUUAUUGUAAAAUUCAAUUCUCUCGGUUGGACCGCGAAGAAUAUGGGCAAAUGGAUAGCAGAGUAUUUGGGACCAACUAUUCAAAAUUCUACAUUCAGAGGUCUGAAAAUAUUGGCAGUAGACGAUCAAAGGAUAACUAUACCAUAUUUUUACAGUUUGAUGAUAAAAGAACACCCACAAGCCUUGCAGUACAUAGAUGGUAUCGCAGUACACUUUUACUAUGACAUGCUAUCUCCUCCGGAAUUGUUUUCAUUGAUUGCAAAACAUUAUCCAGACAAAUUUAUUAUAUCUUCCGAAGCAUGUGUAGGUAACUAUCCGUGGGACAUCCAGAAAGUGAUAUUAGGAUCUUGGCAAAGAGCUUAUACUUACAUCCAUGAUAUCUUUCAAGAUCUCAAUUACAACUUAGUUAGCUGGUUGGAUUGGAAUUUGUGCUUAAACAAGGAAGGUGGACCGAAUUGGGCUGGCAACAUGGUCGACUCUCCUAUCAUAGUAGACACGGAGAACGGAGAAUUUCUGAAGCAGCCAAUGUUCUACGCGAUGGGCCAUUUCUCGAAGUUUGUACCGAGAGGGUCGAGAAGAGUCGAGGUUAUGGAAUCGAAACCGUUUUAUUAUCGGUCGCUACUUCAUGUAGCGUUUCUUACUCCAAAUAAUACUGUGACUACUAUUGUUUAUAACAAAGACUGCUUCAAUAGAACAGUUAAAGUGAAGGUGGGCAACUAUCAAGAGGUACUACUGAGUUUGGAAGCAAAAUCUAUUACUACGAUAGAGAUUCCUGUUUGAUAAUUUUAAUACAUAACUUACUCGUAUAUAGAAUUGGAUGAUUCAGUUGCGUAAAUAUAUAUGACCACUUAGUUCCUUAUAGAUUAAGAUUAUUAUUAAAGUUUUUCUUUUUUA